GCGAAGUACAGACUGAAGGAAGCUGCAUUGGAGACAUCGAUAACAGUUGCGGUUAAUCAGGAACCCAGGUCUGCCAGAUCCGAAGUGGCUGGGGCGUGGUUGCCUCCCAGGGACAGCGUCGAGGUCGUAAUGGACGCCGCCGGGGUCGGGGUUGGGGUCGUAAUGGCGGCGGCGGGGCAUGCACUCAACGGCGACCCUGGUUGGGAACGAGUCGGGUGUGAAGAGUGUGAGGUGGGGCGAGAGGGGGACGCCGCAGUACACGGGACUCCAGUAGUUAUUAGUACCAGACUAGAUAUGUUUCUUCAGUCGUGUCCAGUUCUCAUUGUUGUUUGUCUAGUGCUCUGUCAUCCCCACUCCUCUACCCACAACCGAAAGAGGAGCACUCGGUUCCCCAAAAUGUUCUCCUCUCCGGAGUCCCGGGCGAAUAUGAGGAUCUCGCCAAUGGAGGCCGGGGAUCACAGCGGCGGCAACGGCAAGAGGGCGAGAGGGGAUGAGGAGGUGAAGCCGGAGGAAGGAGAAGUGGUGAUGCAGGACGGAGAUGAAGGUAGAAAUGCCUUGGCGGUGGUGGAGGCGCAGGCGCCCAUGGCGGAUCAGCCGCAGAUGGACCUCAGGAUGGACGUGGCUCUGCUCCACUGCCAGGCCUGCCUCCUUCCCCUCAAACCCCCCGUCUUCAAGUGCGAGGCCGCCGGGCACGUCGUGUGCUGCUACUGCCGGGCCGGCCACGGCGACAUCUGCAGCCGCGCCAACACCCACUGCGGCGAGCUGGACGCGGUCGUCGGCGCCGCCAAGGUGCCCUGUCCCUACAAGGUGUUCGGCUGCGAGCGCUACGUCGUGUACCACGAGAGCGCGGACCACCAGCGCGUGUGCCAGUGCGCGCCGUGCGCCUGCCCGGAGCCCGGCUGCGCGUACAUGGGCUCCCGCGGGAUGCUGCUCGACCACUUCGCCGCCGCCCACUCGCGCCUCGCCACCGCGCUCCGGUACGGCCGCUCCUGGAACCUCAGCUUUCCCCUCUCCCACCGCUGGCACGUCCUCGUCGGGGAGGAGGACAAGAGCGUGUUCCUCCUGAUCUUGGGCGCGCUGGGCGCCGCCACCGCCGUCUCGCUGGUCUGCGUCAGGGCGGACGGCGCCCCGGUGCCACAGUUCUGGUGCAAGCUCUCCGUCGAGCGCCCGGGCGACGACAAGGACAAGCUGGUUCUCAUGGCCUCCACGGUGGGAACCAGCGCGCUCACCGGUGGCGCGCCGGCGCCAGGCAAGGGAAUGUUCUUGGCGGUGCCCCAGGAGCUGCUCUACGGCGACAUGCUCGCGCUCUGCAUCCGCAUUGAUCAGCUCCGACCUGCCGCCGCUGCUCCCAGUCCCAGCCCCAGGUCGACGACACCACAAGCAAGGAUACCCAGGAAGACUGUGUUCGUUUGAUCUGGUGCAUGCUAUGGACACCGCCGCUCAAAUGUUUUUUGUUCACAUGAAGGGAAGUAAGGAGCUGUUGCAUAUCAUUUUUUCCUUUCGGACUUUGAACGAUUUAGAUGCAUAUGUAACUAUCUCCCUCGCCAAAGCUAACAUCAAUUCUUCAUUUCCAGUA